CUUCUUCCUGGAAAACCUGAUCUUUGACCAGAUGGCAGUAACAUUUGAAGAUGUGACUGUUAUUUUUACUUGGGAGGAGUGGAAAUUCCUAGAUUCUUCUCAAAAAAAGCUCUACAGAGAGGUCAUGUGGGAGAACUACACAAAUGUCAUGUCAGUAGGAAACUGGAAAGAGAGCUACAAACCCCAAGAAGAAAGAUUCAGAUAUUUAGAACAUGAAAAUCUUCCCUGCUGGCAAGCCUGGAAGAAUGCCAGCGCUCAGAUAUAUGAGAAUAGAAACUAUGUGGAAACUGUCCAAGGAAUAGAUUCCAGAGACCUAAAGCAACAAGAUCUUUCCCACCAUCCAGAAUGGUUAAUACUCUCCACCCAAGUACCAGGGUAUGGGAACUAUGAAAUGACUUUUGAAGGUAAAAGUCCCAGGAACUUAAAAUAUACAAAGUUUAUACCUUGGCAGUCCUUCGAAACAAAACAUACCCCUCGAGACUAUGCUAGAGAAAUCAAUGUGAAUGAUUCACAUGGUUUUCAAGGAAGCAGAUGCCAUCUUGGCAUAUCUAGGAAAAAUCUCUCUGUGGAAAAAGAACAGAAGCUUAUAGUUCAACAUUCUUACGUCCCAACAGUAGAAGCCCUUCCGGAGUACACUGGGGAGCUAUGUCAACAUGACCUACUGAAAAACUCUAUGGAAGAGGAAUACUGUGGAUGUAAUAAAUGUAAAGAAAUUUAUUAUUGGAACUCACAGUGUGUUCUCCACAAGAGAAACCAACGUGGAGAAAAGUUCUAUCAAUGCUCUAUUAGCACAGCAUGCUUCUCUCAGAGAUCAGACCUAUACAGACAUACAAGAAUUCACAUAGGUAAGAAGCUGUAUGGAUGUGAUGAAGUUGAUGGUAACUUCAGUCAAAGCUUAGGUGUUCACUUUCAUCAGAGAGUCUGCACAGGGGAGGUUUCUUAUAUAUGCCACGUGUGUGGUAAGAGCUUCAGUCAGCUCUCUAGUCUUCACAAUCAUCAAAGAGUGCAUACAGAAGAGGAACUCUAUAAAUUUGAAUGUAAUAAGGACCUCAGUAGAAAUUCAUUACUUCACAUUCACCAGAGACUUCACAUAGGAGAGAAGCCUUUUAAGUGCGAUCAGUGUGGUAAGAGUUUUAGUCGGAGUUCAGUACUUCAUGUUCAUCAGAGAGUCCACACAGGAGAGAAACCAUAUAAGUGUGAUGAGUGUGGCAAGGGCUUCAGUCAGAGCUCAAAUCUUCGAAUUCAUCAGUUAGUCCACACGGGAGAGAAGUCCUAUAAAUGUGAUGACUGUGGGAAGGGCUUUACCCAGCGCUCAAAUCUCCAAAUUCAUCAAAGAGUACAUACAGGAGAGAAGCCUUAUAAAUGUGACGACUGUGGGAAGGACUUUAGUCACAGCUCUGAUCUUCGUAUUCAUCAGAGGGUCCAUACUGGGGAGAAACCCUAUACUUGUCAUGAAUGUGGGAAGGGCUUCAGCAAGAGUUCGAAGCUUCAUACUCAUCAAAGAGUACAUACUGGAGAAAAACCCUAUAAAUGUGAACAGUGUGGUAAGGGAUUCAGUCAGCGUUCACAUCUUCUCAUUCAUCAGAGAGUCCACACAGGAGAGAAACCCUAUAAAUGUGAUGAUUGUGGAAAGGGAUUUAGUCACAGCUCUAAUCUUCACAUUCAUCAGAGAGUCCACACAGGAGAGAAGCCUUACCAAUGCACGAAGUGUGGCAAGGGUUUCAGUCAUAGCUCAGCUCUUCGAAUUCAUCAAAGAGUCCACACAGAGAAACCUCAUAAGUGCCAUGAGUAUUAUAAGGGAUUUGAUCAGAGUUCACAUCUUCACAAUGAUCACACAUGAGAAACCUUAUAAUUACAUUUAGGUAACCGCUUUAACUAAAGCUUAACAUUAAGCCCAAUAAAUACUGCUGGGAAGAAAAUUCUAUAAAUUACCCAAAUAAUCCCAAGCAACAUUUAUAGUUUCCCUCAACCCCCACUAAGAAUCGUUUGCUUCAAGAAGAAAUCCUUAGGAGGAUGCCUAUAUAUUUAAAAUGAAAGUGUAUUUACUUUUUCUAUUAUAUCAUACAUAUCCAUUAUAAAAUAUCUGAAAGAUUC